AUGGCUCAGGUUGGAAAAAUAGAUGACUUCAGAGCAGAGGUUGAGCCGUGGACAGCUUAUAUCGAGCGUCUGGAGCAGUACCUGGAAGCUAACGAUAUUGAUGAAGAAAAGCACGUGGCGGUGUUGCUAAGUGUAAUGGGUGCUAAAGCAUACGGUCUUUUACGAAACUUUGUACAGCCUGAAAAACCAAAAGACAAGACAUUUGGCGAGAUUGUGGACAUUUUGAAAGAACACUAUGAAUCCAAGCCCAUAUUAGUUGCUGAACGUUUUCGUUUUAAUAAAUGCAACCAAAAGACGAGUCAGACUGAUGCCCAGUAUGUUGCAGAGCUAAAACAACAAGCAGCUAACUGUGAUUUUGGUGCGUCGCUGGAUUCUGCCCUGAGGGACCGGUUUGUAAGUGGAAUUAAAAACGAAGCCUGCCAGAGGAGGUUACUUUCGGAGGACCGGCUGACCUUCGCCAAAGCUUUUGAGAUUGCUCUCAAUAUGGAGACCGCAGACAGAGACACUCGACAGCUUAGAGGCGCGGAGGGUGAAUGGGCUAGUGAGGCAAACAUUCACAAGGUGAGGCCAGUAAAAACAAAUAUGUGCUACAGAUGCAAAGGAAAAAAUCACAAUGCAAAUAAAUGUCAUUUCAAAGAGACUAAAUGCCAUAAUUGUGGGAAAAUUGGACACCUUAGGAAAGCAUGUCGAGCUAAAGUGCAGAAGGGUCAUGAAAAGAGUGUGCCAAGCAGAGAGACAAAGUAUGUGACAGCUGAGGAAGACCCAGAAGAGGAGUUAGCCAUUUUGACUAUUAGUGCUGAGGAUGAUGAGCGAUAUAAAGCAACAUUUGCUAUAGACAAUGUUGAAUUGGAAAUGGAAAUUGACACAGGAGCAGCAAAAAGUGUCAUUUCACAUCCUACAUAUUUGAAAAAGUUCUCACACCUGCCGUUGCAACCGGCUAAGGUGAAGCUCAAAGCGUACAAUGGAGGACGUAUUUGUGUUUUGGGACAGCUUGUAGCAAACGUGGGGUAUGAAGACCAAGCUGUGGAUUUGCCACUGUUGGUUGUUAAGGGACAUGGCGCAUCACUGUGUGGAAGGAACUGGUUGACAAAACUCCGGAUUAACUGGCUGCAGAUUAAAUACGUGGGUGAGCCAAAACACCUAUCACUCAAUGAGCUUUUGGAUACUUACAGUGAUGUAUUCAAGGAGGAGUUGGGCACAUUGAAAGACAUUAAAGCUACCAUCGGGGUCAAACCUGAAAUGCUGCCAAAAGUUUGUAAACACAGGCCUCUUCCUUUUGCGAUGAAGAUGAAGGAAAGGGUGGAGAAAGAACUUGAAAGAUUGGAAAUGUGUAAUAUUAUUACACCUGUGAGACACAGCGAGUGGGCAGCACCGAUAGUGCCGGUGCUAAAGAGAGACGCUUCUAUUCGUUUGUGUGGGGAUUACAAAGUGUCAGUGAACCAAACCCUUGAAGCGGAUACGUACCCUCUACCACAUUUGGAGGAACUACUGGCAACUCUCAGGGGAGGAAAGUACUUCUCAAAGAUAGAUCUGGCAGCAGCCUAUCAACAAGUAUUGUUGAAUGAGGAUUCAAAGAAGUACACGACUGUCAAUACUCAUAAAGGACUGUUAGUUUACAACAGGCUACCUUUUGGAAUCAGUACGGCUCCAUCGAUUUUUCAGCGCAUUAUGGAAAACAUAAUGAAAGGGUUACCAGUGGUGGUCUACCUGGAUGACUUGCUCAUCACUGGACGCUCAAAAGCAGAACAUAUGAGUAACCUGGAGAAGGUCCUGGAACGUCUUCAGGAAAAUGGCCUGCGAGUGAAACGUUCCAAGUGUGAGUUUAACAAGUCAAGAAUUGAAUAUCUGGGACACGUCCUGGAUGAAAAUGGAGUGCACCCGUCAGAAGAAAAGGUGAGGGCAAUACAGGACGCUCCUGCUCCUACUAAUGUGAAAGAACUUCAAGCGUUCCGGGAACUUGUUAACUAUUAUGGGAGAUUUGUGCCAAUGCAAAGCACAACCCUAGCUCCACUUUACAAGUUACUAAAAGACAACGUGACUUGGAGAUGGACUGAACCAGAGCAGGCAGCAUUUGAUAGGUGCAAAGGUCUGCUGACAAGUGAUCGGGUGCUAACGCACUAUGACUCCAACCUGCCUCUCACCUUAGCGGGUGAUGCAUCUGCAUAUGGCAUCGGUGCGGUUAUACAGCACACAAUGUCAAGUGGGGAGGAGCGACCAAUAGCAUACGCUUCCCGAACGCUGUCCCCAGCAAAAAAGUACCCUCAAAUAAAAAAAGAGGCACUGGGAAUGAUUUAUGGAGUAAAAAAGUUUCACCAGUACCUAUGGGGCAGGCAUUGCACCCUAGCAACAGACCAUCGCCCCCUGCUGACACUUUUUGGUGAGCACAAGAACCUACCUACCCUAGCUGCAGCAUGCAUUCAAAGGUGGGCUAUCAUAUUGUCAGCAUAUGAUUACCACAUUGUUUUCAAAAAAUCAGCAGAACACAGCAAUGCAGAUGGGCUCUCUCGCAGUCCUCUGCCAGAAACAGGGGACACUGGAACGGCAUUGAGUUCAGCAGCAGUACACUCGCUGUUAGCUGAGCAUAUGGAAAGAGCUCCACUAAAUGCGACCCAGGGAGCUCAGGCCACACGCACAGACAUGGACUUGUCAAGGGUUUACCAGUGUGUCAUGGAAGGUUGGCCUACUGUUACAGAUGAGGGUUUGAAAGCUUAUCACAACAAGAGGACUGAGCUUUCAACUGAGAUGGGUUGUGUUUUGUGGGGAACCAGAGUGAUUAUACCCUCUAAAAUGAGAAAGGCGGUGUUAAAUGAGAUUCACUCUGGUCACCAAGGAAUCAUAAAAUCCAAGGCCUUAGCUCGCAAAUAUGUCUGGUGGCCAAAUCUGGAUAAGGACCUGGAACAGGUUUGUAAAACAUGUGAAGCAUGUCAGUUGGAACAGAAGAUGCCACAGCAUGUUCCACUGCAUCCCUGGGAGUUUCCAGGUGAAUCCUGGAAAAGACUGCAUAUCGACUUUGCUGGACCUUUCCUCGACAGCAUGUUCAUGAUUGUGGUUGAUUCAUUUUCAAAGUGGUUGGAGGUAUUUCGUAUGCCACACAUCACAUCACAAGCCACGAUUACAAAGCUGAAGAGACUGUUUGCUUCAUAUGGACUCCCUGAACAAAUAGUCACAGACAAUGCCACCACUUUCACAUCUGCAGAGUUCCAAACGUUUGUGACACAAAAUGGCAUUUUGCACACAACAGGCGCACCGGGACACCCUGCGACAAACGGUUUGGCUGAAAGAUAUGUGCAGACAUUUAAAGUGGGCAUGAAAAAACUAGCCAGCCGCUCAUGUGGCAUUGAGGACAAACUUUCAUUGUUUUUUCUGCAGUACCGUAUUACGCCGAACUGCACAACGGGUCGGUCUACAGCAGAAUUGUUCUUGCACAGACACAUCCGCACCAGGCUGGAUUUCAUCAAACCUAACAUCAAGGAGACUGUUUGCAGGAAGCAGUAUCGACAAAAAGCUCAACAUGACCUCACUGCUGUGGACCGUUCUUUUUCUGUUGCUGAUUCGGUGUAUCUUCGCAACACAGGGGGAGAAGUUCACAAGUGGAUACCUGGACAGGUGGUAAGACAAACUGGUCCAGUCUCUUAUGAAGUAAAAGAGCGGUACUCGAGCACUGUGCACAGACAACAUGGGGAUCAGCUUUGUACCCAAACUGUAGCUGAACCAGAGAUCAAGGACCCUGAAACACCAACACAAGAGCAAAGUGAUGUAAACAUUACACCUGAACAAAGUGCUCUGGACUCUGGGGUGCACCCCACUGUUUCCCCAGAUACUUCUGUGGUUGUGAGGCGUUCCACGCGACCACGGAAUACGCCAAACGAUAUCUGGAAUAACUUUGUGUUUAUCUAG